CGUGUGCGGUUGAUGUGAUCACUUGUCGGACCUGCCGUUGCAUCGCGUGACGACUCGCCCGAUAACCCAAAGCGCAAGCCUCCCUCGCCAUUCCUCUUCGCUUUAACACCCGAACCCAACUGUAACCAUGCGUGAGUGCAUCUCCAUCCACAUCGGCCAGGCCGGCAUCCAGACCGGUAACGCUUGCUGGGAACUCUACUGCCUGGAGCACGGCAUCCAGCCCGAUGGGCAGAUGCCCUCGGACAAGACAAUCGGCGGCGGUGAUGACGCCUUCAACACCUUCUUCUCGGAGACUGGUGCGGGUAAGCACGUGCCCCGCGCCGUGUACGUGGACCUGGAGCCGACCGUGUGCGACGAAGUCCGCACAGGAACCUACCGCCAGCUGUACCACCCCGAGCAGAUCAUCUCGGGCAAGGAGGACGCGGCCAACAACUACGCCCGCGGUCACUACACGAUCGGCAAGGAGAUCGUGGACCUGGUGCUCGACCGCAUCCGCAAGCUGGCGGACAACUGCACCGGCCUCCAGGGCUUCCUGGUGUUCCACGCCACCGGCGGCGGGACCGGGUCCGGGCUCGGCUCGCUCCUGCUUGAGCGUCUGUCGGUGGACUACGGCCGCAAGUCCAAGCUUUCCUUCGCCAUCACCCCGGCGCCGCAGGUGGCGACGGCGGUGGUGGAGCCGUACAACUCGGUGCUGUCCACGCACGCCCUCCUGGAGCACACGGACUGCACUUUCUGCCUCGACAACGAGGCGCUGUACGACGUGUGCCGCCGCAACCUUGACAUCGAGCGGCCGACGUACACGAACCUGAACCGGCUCGUGGCCCAGGUUAUCUCGUCCCUGACGGCCUCGCUCCGGUUCGACGGCGCCCUUAACGUGGACGUGACCGAGUUCCAGACCAACCUGGUGCCCUACCCCCGCAUCCACUUCAUGCUCACAUCGUACGCGCCCAUCAUCUCGGCGGAGAAGGCCUACCACGAGCAGCUGUCGGUGGCGGAGAUCACCAACUCGGUGUUCGAGCCGGCCGGCAUGAUGACCAAGUGCGACCCCCGCCACGGCAAGUACAUGGCGUGCUGCCUCAUGUACCGCGGAGACGUGGUGCCCAAGGACGUGAACGCCGCGGUGGCCACCAUCAAGACCAAGCGCACCAUCCAGUUCGUGGACUGGUGCCCCACCGGCUUCAAGUGCGGCAUCAACUACCAGCCUCCCACCGUUGUGCCCGGCGGCGACCUCGCCCGCGUGCAGCGCGCCGUGUGCAUGGUGGCCAACACCACCGCCAUCGCCGAGGCUCUGUCGCGCAUCGACCACAAGUUCGACCUCAUGUACGCCAAGCGUGCCUUCGUGCACUGGUACGUGGGUGAGGGCAUGGAGGAGGGAGAGUUCUCCGAGGCCCGUGAGGACCUGGCUGCCCUCGAGAAGGACUACGAAGAGGUCGGCGCCGAGACUGCCGAGGGCGAAGGCGAGGAGGAGGACUUCGGCGAGGAGUACUAAAUUUACGUAGUUUCGUCGGAGAUUUCCACCGUAAAUCGUCACCGCACUUUCUCCCAUCUCCGGAGAUUUGGGCGAUGAAAUGGCAUUCGUCUUUAGUAGACGUGUCAGACGAUAGUUGCAAUAACCAAUAAGCGAGGACAACAGCUGACAAUUAGUUUCGAAGGCUUGUGUGAUUGGUGGUUUGGUGUGUGGGGUUCUGUGACGUGGCUUUGUUGCCUUCAUGAGUGACUGCCGUGUACCAUUUUGCUUCUGUUUCAUUGGACGAAAGAGCGAAAGAGCGGCGCGGUUUCAAGGCAUUUUUGUUUGAGUGCCAGCGUUUUGGCGGUGCUCUUUCGCCACGCGUUUAGAGUACUUGCCGAGUUUUUGUGGUAGAUGUGGAUAGGUGCGUGUUUGACACACUCCUUCUCCCGCUUGAUCUCCACCGUUUGGCAAGGUCUUCGAUCGGGAGACAGGGUGGUCGGGGGCGGAUAAGGGGAGGCACGAGUGGUAUCCUGCCGCGUGUACAAUUUGUCAAUACUCGAAAAUCUUCUUCAAAACUUAUCAACUUCUGUGUAGUGUUGUGCGUGCAGUCUUUGGGUCUUCGCUUGUCCCUUGUUCGUCUCUGAUUCUAAAGAAGCGUUCGAAGGGCACAGUGAGACACACGUUAACAACCUCUCUGGGUGCCUUCACCUGCCCAACACAAGAUAUGCGGUAAAUGAGCACAUGAACACGCUUAAGACCCCGAGCGUGCCAGCGGCCUAGGCACGGCAUGUGGGCUGAACUUGGACUGUCUGGUGCCUGUUGCGCAGAAUGUAUUACACAAGAAAAACCUGAAA